AUGAUUACCUGUUGCUUGCACAUCACUACCCGUCCCUCUCCCAAGAAGAUAACCAGUUACAGGUCACAAGGCAAACAAAGUCAUGUCAUUCAAAAGGAAUUGGUGAAUCAUGAAAUUGAAACUCAAGAAGAAGUGAUCACUAGUGCAGUUGAAACUGAAGAACCAUUGGGAACUUACCAUGUACAGGAACCAAGCUGCCAAGCUGAUGAUGGAGCUAAUACUACAACAGUUGAUGAUUAUGAACCAUUUAUAGAGGAUUACUCACUUUAUGCUGAUUAUGAUGCUGAGUUUAAUGUUGAGACUUCAUUUGAAAAACAAACAGAAGUGGAUUAUCUAGAGGGUAUGGUGAGUGAUGAUAGUGGAGAAGCUUUCUACUCUGAGAGUGGCCAUGGUUAUGAGGAUAGUGGAGAUGAUUCUGAUGACAGUGAAUACAAUGUGGAUGAGUCUAACAUACAAUUUGAUGUAGAUGUAGACAUGAUUGAAUUCCAUAAUGAUGUUGAUGUAGAUGAACAUGGAAUCUUGAACAAUCAUUCAAAAGAUGAAGGGAUUGACAUGGUUGAUGAGGAGUUGGAAGUUAUUGCCACUGAUGAUUAUUAA